CUGUGACUUUACAAUGGGCUCCAUUUCUCAAGCAAUUACUGAAAUGGGCCUUGAUCUUUACAAUGAACUGAACAAAAAUGCUGCAAACAAAAACAUCUUCAUCUCCCCUAUGAGUAUCUCUACUGGCCUGGUCAUGGUCCUUUUGGGUGCCAGAGGUAACACUGCUACUCAGAUGCAAACGGUUCUUCAUUUGAAUAGAGCUGCAAGAAGUGCAAAUCUCGAAACUGGGCUUGUCUCUGAAAGUGGGACGACAGAAGCUGAGCCAGAAUAUCUCAAUGAAGGGCAAUAUCAUCAACUUUCUCACUUCCCAAAGCCUUCUCUUUCACAAUGUGACUUGGUUGGAGGAAUCCACACAGAGUUCCAGACACUCCUUUCCCAACUGAAAAAUCUCAACAAGAGCUAUGUAUUGAGUCUGGCCAACAGUCUGUUUGCACAAAAAGGAUAUAAUUUUCACCAGCAAUAUUUAGAAUGCACUAAGGAAUUAUAUGGAGCAAUGCUGCAAACAGUUGAUUUUGAAAAUGCUACAGAAGCAGCCAGACAGAAAAUAAAUUCCUGGGUUGAAAGCAAGACACAAGGUAAAAUCAGGGAACUCUUUGUUUCUGGUGUUAUUGACCCAACCGCUGUGCUGGUGCUAGUGAAUGCAAUCUACUUCAAAGCAACCUGGGAAUACAAGUUUGAAGAAAAAUACACAAUGCCAAAAGACUUUAGGAUAAACCAGAAUGAAAGCAAAUCUGUGCAGAUGAUGUAUCAAAAAGACAGAUUUAAAAUUGCCCAUAUACAGGAGAUGAAUGCUCAGAUACUUAUGAUCCCAUAUGCUGGAAAAUCCCUGAGUAUGAUCAUACUGCUACCCGAUGACAUCACUGGUCUGGAACAGAUUGAAAGGGCAAUGACUUAUGAGAAAUUAAUACACUGGACUUCCCUGGAAAGUAUGAGAGAUAGAGAAGUGGAGGUGUAUUUGCCCCGGUUCAAGCUUGAAGACACCUUUGAGCUCAACUUACCUUUACAAGAGAUGGGGAUGAUUGAUGUCUUUGAGGAAUUAAAAGCUGAUCUCUCUGGAAUGGCUCCCUCAAGGAAGCUGUUUCUGUCAAAGGUUGUCCACAAGGCCUAUGUGGAAGUUAAUGAGGAAGGCACUUUGGCAGCAGCUGCUACAGGAAGUGUUGUUGUUAACAGAUCCCAUCUAUCUGGUGGUCUGUUUAUGGCUGACCAUCCUUUCCUUUUCUUUAUCCAGCACAAUCCCACCAAUACCAUACUCUUCCUUGGAAAACUCUGCUCCCCUUGAAAUCGA